AAAAAAAAAAAAAAAAAAAACAACAACAACAACAACCAUUUUAGCGACAGAGAGAUGUAAUGGACAAUUCAGACCCAGAGGUUCAAGUUGUAUCUAAUUCUCAGGUACUGGGUUCUUCUUGCUCACUCUCACUUCCAUCUGAGCCUCCUGAUAUUAGAAAUUGGUUUUCAAGCUAUGAGUAUGAGUCUCCUGUGCUGGACUUGAAUCACAAUUUUGGGGAUUCUGUUUCUAAAGAAAGUGAAUUUGUGAAAAAUGAAUUGGUUAUCAGUGAGAGUGGAGGAGGAAAAGAAGUAAAUCCUGGUGGAACUGGGAAAAGAAAUCAAGAGUCUGUGAAAUGUAGCAGCUUUUUUGGAAAUGAUAAACACGAAAGCCAGUCUUUUAGUAAGCUUGCAGAUUCAUUGCACUCAACUUCACUCCUUUCUGAGCCCCCUGACAUCAGAAACUGGUUUUCAAGCUAUGUGUACAAUUCUCCUGUACUGGGUACAAAUGAUUUUGGAGAUUCCCUUUCUAAAGAAAUUGAAUGUGAGAAUGAUGAGUUUGAUAUUGAAGAGACCGACUUGGAAAAAGAGGAGACAUUGGGGGAAUACAGCAAAAGUAAAAAUAGAGGUGAAGUGAUUAUUGGUGAGAAGAUGCACUCAAAUGGCUUUGUAAAAUCUAACAGUUGUUUUAUGAACAAUGAAAAGAAAGAACGGUCUUCAAGAGAGGUUGCAGAUUCAUUGCACUCAACUUCACUCCUUUCUGAGCCCCCUGACAUCAGAAACUGGUUUUCAAGCUAUGUGUACGAUUCUCCUGUACUGGGUACAAAUGAUUUUGGAGAUUCCCUUUCUAAAGAAAUUGAAUGUGAGAAUGAUGAGUUUGAUAUUGAAGAGACCGACUUGGAAAAAGAGGAGACAUUGGGGGAAUACAGCAAAAGUAAAAAUAGAGGUGAAGUGAAUAUCGGUGAGAAGUUGCACUCAAAUGGCUUUGUAAAAUCUAACAGUUGUUUUAUGAAUAAUGAACAGAAAGAGCAGUCUUCAAGAGAGGGUGACAAUAGGCUUAGAGGGAAUGAAAAUGCAUCUUCUCAAAAGAAUUCGUCUUUUGAACAAAGCUUGAACUUUAAAAUAAAGCAAAACCAUGGAGUUAGGCCAACCAAAGAUGUAUCAAGCUUGAAUGAUGAAGAUUCUCAAAGUAAGAAUGAGCAACCCCAAAAAAUUCAUUGUAUGCCACUGGAUAUCAGAACUUCAGGCAGUGGUGAUAGAAAAUCUCCAAAACGCUUGAUUCAUAGUAGGGGUGCCAUACAGGAGUGCUCUGAAGUGAAGGUCAAAACAGAAGAUGUGGAGUGUGUGUCCCCUGAAAGCAAGUCAAAGUUAAAUCUAGUCAAUGGAAUUGCAAUGACAAAAUCAACUCAUGGACGCAGUGGCAAGGAAAAUGCAGAAAAUAUUUCAGAAAAUGGUUUUGUUGCAACAAGGAAGAUGAGCUUAACAAGGACAAACGAUGAGAAUUCCUUUAAAAGCACAAAAGGGAUAACUAAAGGGACAGUUCCUUCAGCAGGUGGAAAUGUUGGGGUCGUAAAAAGAAAGGUCUUAACAGAAACAACCAAUUUCCAACACUCUGAUGCAAUGGCGGUUACUGGGAAAUGGCGGUGUCCUCAAAAGAGUAAGCCGAACCUAGGACCUCCUUUGAAGCAACUUCGACUAGAGCAAUGGGUUCGCAGGGUGUGAAAACUUCAUAUGAAGAAAUCUUGGAUACUUAGGGAGACUUCAAUCCUCUCUCAGCAAAUCCUUGAUCAGUCAGCAGGUGAAAUUAUUUGAUACUACACAUGGCUGCUUGUCACCUCAUUGAUUUGCUUGAUCCUUACAUAUGAGCAAAGGAUAAAUAAGGAUAUUCGCAUGUAGGUUGCUACUUGCUAAUCAUCUGAAUAUCACAAAUUUGUGUCAUGUCAUGUGCCUUUAAUGGAGGAGAUCAAUAUUAUUAAUAUCUAAUAUCAAGCAAGGGUUGUUUUAGUGUACA